AUGGCGAAUCGAAUGUCCAUGUACUCGAUGGCAUCAGAGGCCCUGGGUGGUGCUCAACCCACCCAGGUGUCCACCACAACUCUCCUGAAUGCCAUCCACAAUAUCUACCUGUCCUCUCAGCCUCAUCAACUUGACGCCAGCACCAGUCUCGUCGUCAACACCUGGCUUACUGCUGCUCAAGUUGGUCCCACUGUUGAUGCUUCCCUCGCUGCUCGUGCUUGGGAGCACGCCCGACGACGAGCCGAAGAUGGUUGUGUGAUUCUGGGUUCACUUCACCCAUCAACCCCCUCUCUGCUGGUGCCAUUCCUCAACGCAUUUCCCUUCGCGAUUCCCUCGUCUGUUCACAAGUCCCUGGAAGCUGUCCGGCCAUUCCUUCGAUGCGUGACGCCCAACAACCCCUCGGCCGCGAGGCAGAUCGCCCUCGGUGUCACCCUCACCCUCAACCUCACAGGAAAUGUUACCGGUGCCACACUAGCACUUUCCCAGGGCGGCAUCGACACCAAGAAGGGUCUGCUCAACAUUCCUGCCGAGGCUGGCUACCGAGCCUUCGAUGUGUUCUACUACCUCCUCACCUCAGCUUCCACUCCUGCGGAGCGAGAGUUCCUUGGCCUCAAGUCGGCGUCCGCAUACGCUCUACUGGCUCGAUCUGGCACCUAUGAUCCACCAUCCUAUCUUCUGACUGCUGAUGACGCUGCCUCUGCGGAUGAUUUCCGUCAGGCUCUUAAGGAGAUUGGUAUUAAAGGAUCAGCCCACCGUAACUUCAUUUCCACGCUCGCCGGUCUCCUUAAGCUCGGCAAUACACUCGACUACGCUGCCGAUUCGGAUGAUUUGGAGGAGAUUUGCGAAGAUGUCAGCGGACUGCUUGGAAUGGAGCCUGAGGUUCUCCUGCAUCAGCUCAGCACCGAGGACAGGCAAACUUUGGUCGGCGGCCUUUACGAGGCUCUCGUCGACUGGGUUAUUUCCAAGGCCAAUAGCGCCAUUUCAGCUCAGAUGCUCCGUAUCCGAGACGGCGACGAGUCCGUUGACGGCCGCGGUGUCCGUACCCCUAACUCCAACGAGGAUACCGGCGACACCGUUUCUAUCUCUGUUAUUGAGGUGCCUGAUCCUGCUCUUGGUAAGGCGCUGGCUAUGCGUACCAUCUUUGAUGAUACUCUCGGAAUCAAUGCCGAGAUGAUCGAGGAUGGCGUUGAGGUCCACUCGGCGGGAUCCUCUGUCGUCCGAGAAAUGCAGCAGGCUGUCGCCGAGGUCGCACCUGAUUUGGGUAUCAUGACCGGUCCCCAGGGCCGUGACCGACAGCAUGAGCUUGAGAAGCGGGAAGUGAUCCUGGAGAAGGUCGCCUAUGCUUCAGAAGAUGACGGUUUCCUCAAGAAGCUGCUCUUCCCCAUCCCCGGUGAGGGUAUCAACUUGGGCCGGGCUGGACGUUUCGAUCUACCCGCCGUGUUGAGCUCUAGCCGUGCUUGGUACCACCUUUCACUGCACCCCACUGAUGACUCCCCGGCCAACCUGGCUGCUCUGCCCGCCAUCACAUCCGCGUGGUCAGCUGGCACAGUUUCACGACAGCUCCGCUCUUGGAGACUCCCAGAGUGGGCCAACCGUCGCAACCGCAACCUUGACUAUACAGCCGAUUUUGAUGUCGACGAGUUUGUCCAGCGUUAUAGUGCUCUGGGAUGCAAGGAUGGCAAGGACGGCAUCGAGACGUGGAUGAUGGAGCGGGGAUGGAGCAAUGGCGAAAUCUUCAUCGGAAAGGAGCGCGUUUGGGUCCGUGAGGGCCCGUGGUGGGAGGCUGAGAGCAUGCUCGAUAUCAAGCCCGCACACAGUCUGCAGAGUAUCGGCCAGAACCCGUUCAACACCGGCUUCGAUACCGGCUACUCCAACAACGGCAGCGGAUUCUUCCCUGCCCCGGCCAUGGACAACAGCAUCAAUGGAAGCAACGACCAUCUUGUGCACAACCGCAACUUCAGCCAGGGCAACAUGAGCCAGGUCACCGUUGGUCAGAACCCUCAUCUGAACCCGAACCUGGCCCCCAACCCCAACCUGAAUCCCAACUCUGCACCUUCCAUUGCCCCAUCACGGAACAUCAGCGCCGGUGACUACGGUCUCGGUACGAAGGGUGACACCUACAAGGGCCAGGUCUAUUACAACGAAGACGGCGAGUUCACGGGCAUGUUGGACCCUGAACUGGCCAAGGAUAAGAAGAUUGAGACCAAGGAGCUGCCCUUUGGUCGACGCGCUUGGGUCACAUUUGUCUGGGCCCUCACUUUCUGGAUUCCUUCCCCGCUCCUGACGUACAUUGGUCGUAUGAGGCGACCCGAUGUCCGAAUGGCUUGGCGUGAGAAGCUUGUCCUGUGUUUCCUGAUUGCAAUUCUCAACGGUCUCAUCGUUUUCUGGAUCAUUGGCUUUGGUAUACUUCUGUGCCCGAACAACGACAAGGCGUGGACCGCCAAGGAACUUGCCAACCACAGUGGCAAGAAGGACUUUUGGGUUGCUGUUUAUGGCAAGGUUUACGACAUUAGCGACUUUUGGCGCCAGCAGCACAGUGACACUGACAUUGAUACCACGGAGACCAACAUGAUGCCCCUUGCCGGACUGGUGAUGGAUGGUUACUUCCCACUACCCCUGAACAUCGCUUGCCAGGGACUGGGAAUCACCAAGACCCUCAAGCUCCUCUCCAACGAGACCAUCGACGACCGCACUGCUAUCCACACCUCUGGAUACUUCCAACCCGAUCCCACCAGCAAGCUUCAUGAUGAAAAAUGGUACUGGAACCGCUUCGAGCCCAGCAUCAAGGAAUACUACCACGGCCAGCUUGUCUGGAAGGAGAAGGAGAUCAAGAAUAAGGGUGAAAACGAGCAGAAGCCAUGGGCCAAGUACGGCAACGAGCUCUACGAUCUUACGGAUUACUUCCAUACCCUCGACUUGAUGGACGACAACUCUCUGUAUACCUUCCUGAACAAGGAUGUUUCUGACCUCUGGAAGAACAACCCUGGCAAGAACAUCAAGGCUGACCUGGACGCUCUGAUUGAAAACUCGACUGGCAACAAGACUGAACACGCCAACAUCGUCAACAGCUGGGCCUGCAUCCAGAGAAUCGGCUACAAGGGUGUGACCGAUUUCCGCGACACACCCAGGUGCCAAGUCAACAACUACCUGCUUUUGGCCUUUGCCGCCAUCAUCUGUUCCGUCAUUGCCGUCAAGUUCAUCUCAGCUCUUCAGUUCGGCUCUAAGCGACGUCCCUCCCCUCAGGACAAAUUCGUUAUUUGCCAGGUCCCUGCCUAUACCGAAGGUGAAGACUCACUUCGAAAGGCUCUCGACUCGUUGACUGCCCUUCAGUAUGACAACAAGCGCAAGCUCAUCUGUGUCAUCUGUGAUGGUGUCAUUGUCGGUCAGGGUAACGACCGUCCCACCCCUAAGAUCGUCCUGGACAUCCUCGGUGUUGACCCCAAGGUCGACCCUCCCGCGCUUCCCUUCAAGUCAGUCGGUACCGCCAGCGAACAGCUCAACUACGGCAAGGUCUACUCGGGUCUGUACGAGUAUGAGGGCAAUGUCGUUCCUUAUCUGGUCGUCGUCAAGGUUGGCAAGGAGUCUGAACAGUCCAAGGCCAAGCCUGGCAACCGUGGCAAGCGUGAUUCUCAGAUUCUUCUCAUGAGCUUCCUGAACCGCGUCCAUCACCGCGCCCCUAUGUCUCCCCUCGAGCUUGAGAUGUUUCAUCAGAUCAACAACAUCAUCGGCGUGGAUCCUGAACUCUACGAGUAUCUUCUGAUGGUUGAUGCCGAUACCUGCGUCAGUGAGGACUCUCUCAACCGUCUCGUCUCCGCCUGUGCCCACAACGCCAAGAUUGCUGGUAUUUGCGGUGAGACCAGUCUCGAAAACGAUGAGAAGACGUGGUGGACCAUGAUCCAGGUUUACGAAUACUACAUCUCCCAUCACCUUGCCAAGGCCUUCGAGUCUCUCUUUGGCAGUGUUACUUGUUUGCCCGGAUGUUUCACCAUGUAUCGACUCAGGACUGCGGACAAGGGCAAGCCUUUGAUCAUCUCUGACGCUAUCAUCAAGGACUACAGUGUUUGUGACGUGGAUACCCUUCACAAGAAGAACCUUCUGGCUCUUGGUGAGGAUCGUUAUCUUACGACCCUGAUGACCAAGCACUUCCCCACCAUGGCCUACAAGUUCAUUCCUGAUGCCCAGUGUAUGACUGCAGCCCCCGAGUCUUGGAGCGUUCUGCUGUCCCAGCGUCGACGAUGGAUCAACUCGACCAUCCACAACCUCAUCGAGCUGAUCCAGCUCAAGGAGCUCUGUGGUUUCUGUUGCUUCAGCAUGCGUUUCGUCGUUGUCGUUGAUCUCUUCGGUACCAUCACUCUUCCCUCCAUGUGUGCCUACAUCGGCUACCUCAUCUACACGCUUGCGACCAAGACGGGUCCAAUCCCGUAUAUCUCGCUCGCCAUGAUUGCGGCUGUGUAUGGUCUUCAGGCCCUCAUCUUCAUCCUCAAGAGACAGUGGCAGCACAUCGGAUGGAUGAUCAUCUACUUGCUCGCUUUGCCCGUCUUCUCUCUCAUUCUCCCCAUCUACUCCUUCUGGAACCAGGAUAACUUCUCGUGGGGUAACACCCGUAUCGUCAUCGGAGAGAAGGGUAACAAGCAGGUUGUUGCUGUGGACGAAGAAGGCUUCGACCCUCGCUCCAUUCCUCUGCAGCGAUGGGAUGACUAUGCCCUUGCCAACAACCUUCCCGGCCGUCGUGGCGGCUACCAGGAGAAGAAUGACUACUCUUUCGGAGAUCAGUAUGAGAUGGAUGAGAUCAAGUCUGUCUACUCUGCUGGACCCCAGGGCUCUGUCCUGACUGGCAUGCCUGGUGGCAACCCUUACCAGCCUCCUCAGUCCCCUGCCUUCGGCCACGGCCGGACAUCAACCAUGGGUUACCAGGACUCCCCCAUGCAGAACCGCCAGUCCAUGAUGUCCAUGGGCACGGGCAUUCAUGACAUGCGCAGCCAGUCGCCGUACCAAGACUUCCCCGGACAGCGACCCAGCGUAAACAACCUCCGAGGCCAGGCUAACCUCUCGCCUGCCAUGGGUGGUCACAGCCGCUCGGGCACCGCUCUCGGCUUCAACCGUGGUACUCCUUCUCCCAUGCCUGACGCCAUGCGAUCACAGUCGUCAUUCGACUUCCAGCAAGGCCAUUCUGGACCCAACGACAUGGCCAUUGUUGAGUCGAUUCGCUCUGUCCUGGCCGAGGUUGACCUCGACACGGUGACCAAGAAGCAGGUCAGGGCCCUCGUGGAACAGCGUCUCCAGACAGAGCUGGUUGGCGAGCGCCGCACAUUCAUGGAUCGCCAGAUCGAUCACGAGUUGGAGAACAUGUGA